GAGACGGAUUUUAUAUUUGUUACGUUUCUUUAGUUUACCAUAAAUAAAAAUAAUAUUUCCUAAUUAAAUCUAACUAUGUUUUUUCCUAGUUAUAAUUAAUCUGUGUUAAAAACUAUAAUAAAUAUAUACAUAUGCUACUCUUCAUUCUCUAUCAUACCAGAUCACAGUAACAACUAACAACAACAUAUUCAGUGUAAUUUCAGUACGAAAUCAAAGCCAUGGACAUGUUAAUUUCUUCCUUCCUUGAUAUCGCCGUCGAUCAAACCGUCGAUACUGCCCGGGAAUUUCUUCAAGCAACAAACUGGAAUCUGGAGGAAGCAAUUCAACGUUUUUUCUCCGGAAACAACAAUGGAGCAACAGCAGCAGCAGAAUCGUUCAAUUAUUCGCCAUUAAUCGAAAAUACUCCAACACUCCGGGAAUGGGAAGACGACGACGACGAUGUACAUUUGCCAUUACCGGUAAGACGGGAAGUUUUUUACGGAGAAAAUUCAGGGCUAUACGAAGAUGAGAGAGAUCAAAUUUCGUCUUCUACUUUUGACUCAUAUUCCAAUAAUGCCCUUUCUGAUCUGUUUCGUCCUCCUUAUGAAUUUUUAUACAACGGACCAUUUGAUCACGCAAAAGAAGCUGGCGCUAAGCGGAACAAAUGGCUUUUAGUUAAUGUGCAAUCCAGGGGUGAAUUCGCCUCAGAAACGCUUAAUCGAGAUACCUGGGCUAAUGAUAUCGUUGCUAAGAUGAUCGAAAACAACUUCGUGUUUUGGCAACAGGGAGAUCAUACAGAGGAAGGACGAAAAGUUUGUACUUACUAUAAAUUAGAUUCCAGGCCAGUUAUAUUAGUGAUUGAUCCUAUAACAGGUCAAAAAAUGCGCUCCUGGAACGGUAUGGUUCAGCCUGAGAGGUUGCUUGAAGAUGCUAUGACUUUUAUUGAUCGUACUCCUUCAGAGUAUCACUCAGAUCUAAUCAGAAAACAAUUGGAAAGAUUAACUCAUCGCGAUAGAACUGAAGAAAGUAGUGAUACUAACCAUGAACUGAAGGAAAUCACCGAAGAAACUGAUCAUGAGUUGUUGAUUUAUCUUCCACUACCGGAAGAACCAAAUGGCAAUUCGAUCUGUGACAAGAAUUUGGUGUGUAGAAUCGCGAUUCGUCUACCUGAUGGACGUAGAAUUCAGAGGAAUUUCAUGAAAACUGAUCCGAUUAAGUUGUUAUGGUCUUUUUGUUCAACUCAAUUUGAAGAAGCAAAAACAAGGGCGUUUCGAUUUAGACAAGCAAUGCCAGGGCCAACUAAGUUUUGGAAUUAUGAUAGUAACUUGACUUUUGAGGAGUCGGGUUUAGACAAUUCUAUUAUUGCACUUGUAAUGAUAUAG